ACGGCAUCCCCAGCUGAGAAAGAAAUGUGAGUGUUACCAGAGGGAAGUGAGUCCGUUUAGUGACUGACGUCCACAGAACAACAUGCUUGGCCCCUCAGCACACUCCAUCCUCAUCUUUCUGCUCUACCAGCUCGCAGGACCAGCAGCAUCUGGAGCCCUGAAGGAACUGGUUGGUGCCCUGGGUGGGUCUGUGACCUUCCCCCUGAAGCUCUCAGCAAAUCAGAUCGAUAGCAUUGUUUGGAUCUUCAACACAACCACGCUUGUCACCAUACAGCCAAAAAUGCCAGACAAAGAAGACAUUAUCAUUAUAACCCAAAAUCACAACAAGAAGAGGGUGGAAUUUCACAGAGAUUACUCCCUGAAGCUCAAAACACUGAAGAAGAGUGACACAGGUCCCUACCGUGUGGAGAUAUACAGCUCAUCUCAGGGUCCUUUCAGCCAGGAGUAUAGGCUGCAAGUCUAUGAGCACGUGUCAAAGCCCCAAGUCACCAUGGGUCUGCAGAACAAUGAGAAUGGCACCUGUGUGACCAAUCUGACAUGCUUCAUGGAACAGGCAGGAGAGGAUGUCACCUACAGCUGGAAGUCCCUGGGGCAGGAAUCCAAUGAGUCCUAUGAUGGCUCUACCCUGCCCAUAUCCUGGAAGCUGGGGAAAAGGGACAUGACCUUCAUCUGCACGGCCAGGAACCCCAUCAGCAGCAAUUAUUCAAAUCCUGUCUCUGUUUGGAAGCUCUGUGAAGGUCCUGCUGGUGUUCCAAAUGUCAUGGUCUGGAGCCUCCUGGGGGUGUUCUUCCUGCUCGGUGCCCUUGUACUGCUGCCAGCUAUUUUGAUUAUGAGGAGAGGAAAAAGAAAAGGGUCCAUUGAAGAGAAGAGAAUGGGCACUCAACAGGAAAUUCCUAACUACUGGCCCCCUUCCAGAGAGAUCUCCGAAUACUACACAAUCAGUCAUGCUAACAAAGCUAUUCCAGAGGAAAAUCCAGCAAACACACUUUAUUCCACUGUGCAAAUACCCAAAAAGGUGGAGAAACCCCACUGUCUGCCCUGAUCGCCAGACACCCCAAGUCCAUUUGCCCAUGAUCAUUACAUCUCUCCACCCCUGAAGAGGGCUUAUGUGAACCUGAGAUGUUAGCUUCUGCUGGCUCAGGAAAGAAAGACAGCCCCAGACCACAGUUUG